CGCCCGGCUGGAAACAGGCGAGGCGCCGCGGCCGCCGAGCGCGCUGAAGGGCAUGAGGCGGCACGGGGGAGAGGAGGCUGUUUCCCGGCGGACGAGUUAGGCGCGGCACUGCCAUGGACGUGCUAAGGAAGUGAUUUCAAAGCCACUCAGGCCAUGGCCUUUGAAAGGAUAAACCAGAAGGACUGGUACAAGGUCCUGGGGGCCAAACCAUCGGACAGCCCAGCAGAACUGAAAAGGCAAUACCAAAAACUUGCUUUGUUGUAUCAUCCCGACAAACAGGAGGCAGAUGUGCCAGCAGGAGAAGCGGAGGAGCGCGUGCAGCGGUUCAUCGAAAUUGAUCAAGCGUGGAAAAUUCUAGGGAACGAGGAGACAAAAAAAGAGUAUGACCUGCAGCGGCGUGAAGAUAACCUGACAAAAGAAGGGCCACUUCAUGCACAGAUUUAUCUUGAGGAGAUGUCCUGGAAUGAAGAUGAACAACUCUACACUCUCUCCUGUCGAUGUGGUGGGAAUUACAGUAUCUUCAAGAGUGAAACCAAAGAUGUGUCUUUGGUUUGUUGCGACACAUGUUCACUUGUUAUUGAGAUCCUGCAAUGAUUGUUUCAAUGAAGCACAUUGAGUGUUACAAACUUUUCAAAAGACUGGGCAAACAAGGGACAGCAUCUGCUAAAGAAAUGUAUGUUAAAGAAAAGAGGGGGCACUACAAGAAUAAGUUCAUUCAGGCUUAAAAAUGACAAGUGCCCUUUUGCUUACACAGCUCUGCAGACGUGAGGCUUGGAUUUUCCUUCUGCAGCUGAAGAGCUCAUUAUUAAACACCUCCAUCCCAGAGCAGAGUUCUGUACAACUGGAAUGUGUCUCCUGAUCUAAAUGUUUCUUCCCCAGCAAACAACAGAGUAGCUUCUUUCAGUUUCAGUCUGAAGCAGCUCUACCGUGGGCCCUUCCUCUUAGGUGAAAUCCUUUUAACAGCUCAGAUGACAAAAUUCAAUCAGGAGGGACAGAUGUGAGAAUGCUUUGAAGAUAAUGAGGAGCAAGUGGGAAACAGGAACAUUUUCUAUUUAUAAGCUAAAUAUUUAAGUUCAUGUAACCCUCUCAAGGACUGGAGCCUAGAAGGAGGAGGCAGAGGCUGGCAGCUGGGUGUCCCAGUGCUGAGGGCUGCUGGCUGUGCCCUGCCCUGUGACAGUGACAUCACCUGGGCAGCCUGGAACAGGAGGCUCUCCAUCGUCAGAACAAAUGGAGUCAUCAUUCCUGGGAGGAAAGCUAAGGAGGAAGCUGUGCUCUGACCCCACUGGGCAGCACUCCUGGGAGUGACCAGCAGAUCUGGAACCCCACUGGUGCUGUGCCCAGUGCCAGCCCCAGCACCACCUGCUGAUGCAGGGGCUGGCUCUGGCUGUGUGACAGCACAAUAAAUGCACUGUGCCUUUUCCAUCCUCCCUCAGUGCUGACCUUGGCUUGGAACAAAACCCCAGAACUUCCAUAAAUCCAAGCAGUCCCUGUGGCUCACCAGAGGAAGCAGAGCAAGAGGCAUAUGGUUUUUGUUGGUGACACAAGUGUAUCAUUCCCACUCUGAAGUUAGGUGUAAUCUCAGAAAGAGACAUCUUUGUCAAGUAAUACUUGUGUUUAUUCUAAACAAAAAUAGCUCCAUUCAUUUUAGUAGAAAAUACUAUGAAAACUGUCAAUAGUAACUUAAGUCUUUUAAUCAUCAAGAAAUCUGUGGCCAUUGGGGCUUGCACGUAGAAAUCCAAAGUCAUUCAGAGGCCAUAUCUGUAAAAUAAAGCACAGUUGAAGAGAUUUUAAUCACAAUUCAAAAUUCAGUAUUUUCACUUGUAAUUGUUUCACAAACAGCAAAAUUUUUUUCUCUCCUUGGUAAAGAACUUUGCUCACUGGUGUGUUUCUGUUACUGGGAGUAAUAAAUACUGUGUAUUACAGGGAACUGUUCCAUAGUGUGAACUUGAUAAUUUAUACAGGGCAUGAUUUGCUAUGGAGAGAGAGCCUCACAAAUUCCAUUGCUUUUUUCAUCCUUGGAAAUAAAUAUGAUGCUAAAGAG